AUGUCGUCCUGUACGUAUGACGGUAAGGGGGACCCUAAGCGGUAUGUAGCUGCUUUUGAGAGUCACAUGUUGCUAUAUACCGACACCGAUGCUGUGUGGUGUAAAGUUUUCCCUACGACUCUUACCGAGGCAACUUCGGAUUGGUUCUCCAAUUUAGAGCCGGGAUCAAUCGACUACUUUGAGACCUUGGUGGAGUUGUUCACGGGUCAGUACAUAAGUAAUAGUGCGAGACAAAGGACAUCUGGCGAGCUCAUGGCUAUUCAGCAACGAAAAGAGCAAUCGCUUAGAGAUUUCAUUAGGCGCUUCAAUAACGAGGCUAACACCAUACCAAAAUUGCAGCAAGAAAUUGCCGUGAUGGCGUUGAUGAAUGGACCGGGUGACAACGACUUCAAAAAAUAUAUGUCGCGGAAGUCUUUCCCAAACUUAGGGGUAGCAUUUGCCUAG